GUGAGGCCAGUGGCUCAAGUUAAUCACCUGCUCCAAGGCCAGCUUUCUACUUCAUUUAGGGAGUGCUGUGACCAAGGACAAGGAGAAAAUGCCACACAAGAUUGAAGGCUUCUUCUUAUUGCUUCUCUUUGGCUAUGAAGCCACAUUGGGAUUGUCUUCGACAGAGGAUGAGGGUGAGGACCCUUGGUACCAGAAAGCGUGCAAGUGUGAUUGCCAGGGAGGAGCCAAUGCUCUGUGGUCUGCUGGAGCCGCCUCCUUAGACUGUAUUCCAGAAUGCCCAUAUCACAAGCCCCUGGGUUUCGAGUCAGGGGAAGUCACACCAGAUCAGAUCACUUGCUCCAACCCAGAGCAGUAUGUGGGCUGGUAUUCCUCAUGGACUGCAAACAAGGCCCGGCUCAACAGUCAAGGUUUUGGGUGUGCUUGGCUUUCCAAGUAUCAGGACAGUAGCCAGUGGUUACAGAUAGAUUUGAAGGAGAUCAAGGUGAUUUCGGGGAUCCUUACCCAAGGACGCUGUGACAUAGAUGAGUGGAUGACCAAGUACAGUGUGCAAUAUAGGACUGAUGAACGCCUGAACUGGAUUUACUAUAAGGAUCAGACUGGAAACAAUCGGGUCUUCUAUGGAAACUCCGACCGGAGUUCUACAGUCCAGAACUUACUGAGGCCCCCCAUUAUUUCCCGCUUCAUCCGACUGAUCCCUCUAGGCUGGCAUGUCCGAAUUGCCAUCCGGAUGGAGCUGCUUGAGUGUGCCAGCAAGUGUGCCUGAUGCCUAGUUCAGCUCAGUCCUGCCACUUGCAGGGAAAGCUUGGGGGAGAGGAGAGUCACCUUGAAAUACCACUUUGAUGAAUGGGGCUAGAUCUUAUAAGCACUUUACAAAUGUAGAUCUGGUAGACAAUAUUUUACUUUUUAAAAGAUAGUUUCAAAUUUCAACAAGAGAGACAGAGGGAAAGGGAGAGAGGGAGAGAGAGAGAGAGAGAGAGAGAGAGAGAGAGAGAGAGAGAGAGAGAGAAGCUUUUCCUCAACUCAGCGCCAAAGAAAAUAAGAGCAAAGAAAAUAUCCCUCAAACCAAUUUUCUUACACAAACCCAAAUAGCAGGGGUAAUUUGCACUUCUGGCUCCGUGUCUUUUUCUCUUUGUCUCAGUGAUACUGUCAAAGGUACAGACCCAGGGGAACACAAAGCAGCUCUGAUAAUUUGAAAAUUCUUUUUGGCUCUUAGCACAUUCAGAAGAGGAACAUACUCUUCUGCAAAGCUUCACUUGAACACGUUCAUGAAAUCCCCACUAGAGAGGCCUGGAGACAAGAACAUGGGCAUGAAGACAGCAGAAGGAAGCCUGGUGUGUGGCCCAAGAGUCUGUAAACACUAACCAACUAACCAAUCAACUAACUAACUAACCAAUCAACUAACCAACUAACCAAGCAGUCAAGGCUUCCCCUUCCUGGAAUUGCUUUUGCCUUGAAGGGGUUUGGGCUUUUAUCCACAGGAUUGAGGGAAUGUGGGCCAGUUGGAGCUCCUUUUGCAUAAACUCCAUUCUACAGCCUUUCCCCAAUGUGCCCUUCUGUGGUUGCCAGGAGAUGAAUGCAAGGGGCAGACUAUAUGUGUGUGGGUAGUGAGGUUUCCCUUAUACUGAGGAAGCCCAAAUGACUAGAAUACAUCACACCUUCUUUAUCUUUGGCUACAGUUUUCCAGAAAUUAAACAGGCUUGGAAAUCAGUGGAGACAAACCACCUAUCUGGCUACUGGGAAGAGAUCAUGCUUUGGGGGAAGGGGUCAGGGCUCCUAUCAUACAGAACUAUAUAGGGAUGGCUCAGUAGGCAGAGUUUCUGCUGUGCAAGCAUAGGGACUUGAAUUUAUAUUUCUAGAAUGCAUGUGAAAAGCUAGCUAUGGACAGGUAUGGAACAUGCCUUUAAUCUCAGUAUUUAGAAGGCAGAGGCAAGCAGAUCUAAAUUCAGGGCCAGCCUGGUCUAUAUACCAGUUCCAAGCU